AUGUCAGCACCCGGCGAACGCGAAUUGGGCGGAAACAGAGUUCCACCCGGUGAUUCUUGCGUAAGUGAUUACAGACGAUUUAAUUCAUCAAAUUAAGAUCUGUAAAAGCCGGAAGAAUCGUAAUUGAACAAAGUAUAUUUUGGUAACUUAAAAACACAAAAAUUAUCACUAAAUGAAGCGUAAAGUAAAUUGAAAGCAGGAAAACAGAGUUCAGGUGUCGCGACGGCGAUGCACCGGAAUCCUGAGCGUUCGGGAGGAUCGUCGUGCAGUGUCCACGGCCUCGAAGGCUCUUCUUGGACAAAGACGACGUGGGCAAUCUCUAGAUCUUCUUGCGAAGUCUAGAGAUCAAUGAAGUGGGUCGUCGAAUCGUCUCCGGCGGCUGUCACCCGGCGGAGCGGAAAAACGGCGACUUUGCGGCUCUCCGGUGGCUGUCACCCGACGGAGAGGAGCUGGAUGGAGGUGGGGCGCGUGUCAGGGAGCUUCAUCCUCAGGUCCGCGCAACAAGAGGAGGCUCUUCAUCGCAUCUGGUACGCUCUCAGGAGGUGGCGACUCGUCUCCCGGCAGAUCGUCCUCUUCCUGAUGACGGCUUGUUCAUCGAUCAAUCGGAGAUGAUUUACUCGAUGGAUUCACGAUCCUUUUAUCGCGAAUCAUUCAGCAAUUUUAGUAGUAAUGCUCCGUGAAUCGCGUUGACGAGAUUUUUACCGAUGAUCUAGUGAUUCUCAUUGCUUAAUCCUUCACCGGCGAUCUGCAGGAAAGUCGCGAUAAUCAGAUAAAAAUAUAUGACUUUUGACUCUAGAAGGACUCGAACCCGCACCAGUCGCCCGCCUCUUCUGAGGAAGGUGUGACGCAGGUUUAGUCCCACAUCAGUUGUGCGGUGAUUUUUUGGGCGAAUAUAUAGUAAUGUUAGCUUUCUAAGCAAAGUCCCUUCUCUCGCGUGUACAACCACUCCUUGCCCCACAGCCGGCUGGCCACCGGUGACGUGGAAGGGGAGUGGCGCACACGUGCCCCUAUCGGUCCAAGCCGCUCGAGCCCCUGCUCGCGGCUACUCCCUGACUGA